AAGCUUACACCGCCCGGCGACGACGCCGCCGGAGUUACUCAUCGUGUUUUGUAAAGCGCCAGCAUUAACGCUCAUCUAUCGGAGGAUCAUGCCUUCGAAUUCUACUACACGAACGAGAUUCCUGGUACGUUGCUUUCACGUCGCUAAGAAAUUCUCGAAUCCUGAGCCAGAAGACAUUCUGUUUAGUGCUGUCUGUCUGAAUUUAAGACAGAGAAGAUGGAACACUCUUCAUCAGUUCUCCCCAAGUCUCACAAAUCCAUUGAUAAGCCGAGUUCUUUGCCAGUUUCGAAGCUCGCCGAAGCUAGCUCUAGAGUUCUACAAUUGGGUUUUAGGGAACAAAACUGCGGCUGAUUCCUCCGAGACCCGUUUCGAAGCCUCUUGUGUGAUGAUUCAUUUGCUUGUCGAAUCGAGAAAAUUCGAUGACGCUUUACCAAUAAUGGCGAAUCUGAUGUCUGUGGAAGGAGGAAAUCUGAGCCCUUUACAUGUUUUGUCAGGUUUGAUUCGCACGUACCAAGCAUGUGGUUCGAGCCCUGAUGUGUUUGAUUCAUUGGUUAGAGCUUGUACACAGAACGGCGACGCUGAAGGAGCUCAUGAAGUGAUUGAGCAGACGAGAGCAGAGGGGUUCUUGGUUUCUGUUCAUGCUUUGAAUAAUUUCAUGGGUUGUCUGUUGAAUCUGAAUGAGAUUGAUUGGUUUUGGAAAGUUUACAAAAAAAUGGAGUCUUUGGGAUAUGUGGAGAAUGUGAACACAUUUAACCUGAUCAUAUAUUCGUUUUGCAAGGAGUAUAAGUUGCCUGAAGCGUUAUCUGUGUUAUACCGGAUGUUGAAAUGUGGGGUUUGGCCUAACGUUGUGAGCUUUAACAUGAUGAUUGAUGGAGCUUGUAAGACAGGGGAUAUGCGAUUCGCGUUGCAUCUCUUUGUGAAGAUGGGAGUUAUAUCUGGAGGCUUUGUCUCUCCCAACGCUGUGACGUACAAUUCGGUUAUCAACGGGUUUUGCAAGGCCGGGAGAUUGGAUUUGGCCGAGAGAGUCCGCAGCGAGAUGGUUAAAUCAGGUGUUGAUUGCAACGAAAGAACCUAUGGAGCUUUGGUUGAUGCGUAUGGAAGAGAUGGAGCUUCAGACGAAGCUUUAAGGUUGUGUGAUGAGAUGACGAGUAAAGGACUUGUGGCGAACACCGUUAUCUGUAACUCUGUCGUUUACUGGCUGUUUAUGGAAGGUGACACGGAAGGAGCUAUGGCGGUUUUGAGUGAUAUGAUCGGUAAAGAGAUGAAGAUCGAUCGGUUUACUCAAGCCAUUGUAGUCAGAGGUCUGUGCAGAAACGGAUACGUAGAGGAAGCUGUUGUGUUUCAGAGACGUGUUUCAGAUAAGAAACUUGCGGGAGAUGUGGUUUGCUACAACACGCUUAUGCACCGUUUCGUAGCGGAUAAGAAGCUGGCUUGCGCUGAGCAGAUUCUAGGGGCUAUGGUUGUUAGGGGAUUGGUUCUUGACGCGGUUUCGUUCGGUACUUUGAUCGAUGGAUACAUAAAGGAAGGGAAGCUGGAAAAAUCUGUGGAGAUGUAUGAUGGUAUGAUCAAGAUGAAGAAAAGGCCGAAUCUUGUGAUUUACAACUCGAUUGUGAACGGCUUAAGCAAAAAUGGAUUGGCUGGUGCGGCGGGAGCGGUUGUGAACGCUAUGGAAAGCAAGGACGCGGUGACUUACAACACGCUGUUGAACGAGUCUCUCAGAAACGGGAACGUGGAAGAAGCUUUCGAUGUCUUAUCUAGGAUGCAGGAGGAGGGAGAUGAGAGAUUGGUUAGUGUGGUGACUUACAACAUCUUGAUCAAUCACUUGUGCAAGUUUGGCUGUUACGAGAAAGCGAAAGAGGUCUUGGAGAUGAUGUAUCGGAGAGGUGUUUGUCCGGAUUCUGUGACUUAUGGAACUCUGAUUACAUCGUUUAGUAAGAAUCGCGGUGAAGAAGAAGUCGUUGAGCUUCAUGAUUACAUGGUUCUUCAUGGAGUUACACCUCAUGAACAGAUUUACCGAUCCAUUGUUAGUCCUCUUCUUGAUGUAGAAAGUGGAAAAUAGCUUUAAAAGCCAUAGUCAAAGGCGAAUGAAAGCUUGUGGCAACUCCAAGGAUGUUGACUUUUGGGAGUGUGAGCGAAUGGUUUUGCAUUCGUACGGAGAAGCUGCUGAUUGGUCCGGAGGGUUCUCGUGAGACUCUGGAAGAGUGGAGUCUGUACGGUUACCAUCAUCAGAUCCGUAUCUUGUUCGUACACGUGGACCCUUCGACGAUUCUAAUCAACGGUCAGUGUUGGAAAAAGAGGAUCGCUUAGGCUCGACGUGGACUUGUGAAUCGGGUGUUUGUCUGACACGUGGCGUUUAUACACCGGCCAAGAGAUUUCUUUGUCACGAGAUAAAUUACAGAAAGAAGAACCAAAUCACAUUUUACUAGACGACGUGAUGUUUAAGAAAUAGCCCGUCCAGAAUUUUUGGCGGAUACAAGAAAUUUUUAAUCGGAGAAGCAGAGGAAAAUUGUAAUAAGUUAAAAUGAAUAUGGCUGCGACUACGAUUUGAAAAUUUUCUGUUGUUAUUUUUUGCUAGACGUUAAAUAUUAUCAUAGCACCCAUAAGUUAUUAAUAUUUAAAUUCAUGAAUAAAUCAUGU